AUGUCCUACGGACACUACGGACCCCCAAGUGGCCCGCCGCCUAGCGGUGGCUAUGGAGGUGGCCAUGGAUAUGGUGGACAAGGGGGACCACCAGGAAACUAUGGAGGUGGUGGAUAUGGAGCUGGCUAUGGCGGCGGCGGAGGUUUCGCUGCGGGCCCUCGUAACCCUCAGCCACCACCUGGUGCUGACCCUCAGCUUUGGCAGUGGUUUACUGCAGUUGACGCUGAUCGAUCGAAUCACAUCAGCGCCACAGAAUUGCAACAGGCUCUCGUCAAUGGCGAUUGGUCGCCCUUUGAUCUGGAUACAGUCAAGUUGUUGAUGGCAAUGUUCGACACUGAUCGCUCUGGAACAAUUGGUUUCCAAGAGUUUGCUGGACUUUGGAACUAUAUCAAAGAAUGGCAAAAUGUCUUCCGCCACUUUGACAGAGACCGUUCGGGCUCGAUUGAAGGCAACGAGCUAAAAGCCGCACUCUCGCAGUUUGGAUACAACCUGAAUCCGACUCUGCUCCAGCUCCUUGAGCGCAAGUAUGUUUUGCAACCUAAAGGAUCAGCACCAGUUGCUUCACACGGAGGAUACGGACAACCCCAAGCUGGAGGUAUCACAUUUGAUCGCUUCGUGCGCUGCUGUGUCGUCGUGAGACAGCUCACAGAGGCAUUCAACCGCUUGGACACUCAGCGGAGUGGAUGGAUCCAGAUCAACUACGAUACGUUUAUGCAAACGGUCCUUUCCGCACCCUAA